CCGAAACCGACUGCCCAUAUCAAAUAUAUAUAUAGACACAGAUCGAUUGAUAGAUUGCCCGACCCUCAAGUGUCUAGUGGGGACCAACAUGACGAACUGCAUCUGGCUGCUGGCCCUUGUGGUCGCGAUCAAUGCCCGCUCGCUGCACGUACCGCAUGGAUACGGUGGUGGCUUGCCACCGCCGCCGCCGCCUCCACCUCAUCUGCUGCCCAAUCCCUACUAUGCACAGCCGUACGGCUAUCCACCUGCGCCGGCCUAUGGCUAUGGCUAUCAGCCGCAGCCGCUCCUCUACAGUCCGCCCGGCAGCUACUAUGACAGCAUGUACGGCAUACGCAAGCCCCUGCCCGGCGGUGGCAAUCCCGUAGCUGUGGACUAUAACAAUCGCUGCUCGAGAAAUUACGUGGGCAUCAAGCCGCAUCCGGAUCAGCAGCAAUACUAUUAUGUCUGUCGGCCCAACUGUGUGAUCUUUAGCAAAUGCCCCAACCUGGAGAAAUUCAGCUCGAGUACAGGUCGUUGCGUGGAGCGCGUGCAUCCCGAUUAUCCGCCCAUUUGCCGGAAGGAGGGUCGCUUCCCCUACCACCAUGACUGCAAGAUCUAUUACAAGUGCGACGAGCGUUUGAUGCCACAUUUAUACAGCUGCCCCUCUGGCACCAUAUUCUCACCACCGGCGAGCAAAUGCAUACCCGGCGAUGAGUGUCCUUCGACGGAGAUCUCCAACAGCGGCAGCUAUAUACCAGAGAACUGUGAGCUCAAGUUUCCCGAGUGCACAGCUGAGGGCACCUUUAGAUCUCCCAAGGACUGUGCCUUGUACUACACCUGCAAGCUGCAGGCCAGCGGAAACUAUUUGCAAACACGUUUCAAAUGUCCUGGCAGCAACAGCUUCGAUCAGCAACGCAAAAUUUGCCGACCACAUCGUGAAGUCGACUGCGGCGCCUAUCCUCCCAUCUCAGACCUUGGACCCUACGCUCCAAUGACACCCUACUAUCCGUAUGUCUCCGAGGCGGACUUUGACACCGCGCCAGAGAAAAAAGUGCCAGAGCAGCCAGAAGCCGGCGCUUUGUCCACGGAAUCUAAAGUGGGCAACAUUCGGGAGCCUGAAGAAACCGUUGUUGUUAUUCUGCCCAAGACGACAACGACAACAACAGUUGCGACUCCUCCUAAAUAUCAAGGCUAUCCGUCUUAUCCUUCGUAUCCCUCUUACCCCUCGUAUCUCUCUUACCCCAACUAUAACUAUGGCGACCCGCAUUUUGAGUCCGAAGCACUUGUCAAGGAGAAUCAAGAGUUGGAAUCACCGUCAACCGGUUCUCCUGAAGCUCCGACCACAACUCCGAGCCCAACCAUCAAAAGUACAAAAGCCCCGACGAUGACACAUGAAGCUGCCUUCAAAAGUAUGAUCCAGAAAAAAAUUGUUAUACUGCCAACGAAAUGCCCAACCAACGAGAAACCGACCACUGAGGCACCUAAUACCACCAGCACAAAGACAAUUACAACUCCCAAGUCAACAACAAAAAACAAUCCCACAACAACCAGAAAACCAACAACUACGACUCCAAAGCCUUCAACUUCUACAGCUAGACCAACAACAACUUCACCUAAGCCCACAACAGCCAAUACUCCCACAACUCCGAAGCUAACCAAUACAACUCCUAAGCAAACAACAACUGGCACAAUGACAACAACUCCGAAAGUCACUACUACAACUCGUCAACCUACAACAAAAAGCACAACAAAAGUAACAACUGCUAGACCAAGUACAACAACUUCUCAGUUAACAACAACUAGAGGCCCCACAACUCUAAAAACAACCAUAACAACUAAACAAACAACGACUAACUUACCUGCAACAACUCCUAAAAUAACAACUACUAGCGCAACUACAAAAACUUCUCAGCCAACAACAACUAGAGCUCCAACAACUCUGAUAACAACUGAACCAACACCAACCAAAAUAACUACAAAACCAACUACGAUAACAACUUCUAAGCUGACAACAGCUAGCAAGGCAACAACGACAUCAAAACGUUCCACUUUAACUUCUAAACCAACAGCAACUAGCAAUCCCACAACAACUGGGAAACCAAUAACUACGACUCCGAAGCCGACAACUUCUACAGCAACAACGGCUAGACCAACAACACCCAAACCAACAACAACUAGCACUACCAAACCACCCACAUCUGGCACACAUUCAACAACAUUUAAACCAACAACUUCAACUUCCAAGCCAACAACAACUAGCGCUUCGACAACAAUAUCAAGCAUCCCCACGACUUCGAAGCCAACCGCAACGCCCAAGCCGACAACAACUAGUAGUGCGACAGCCACCUCUAAGCCAACAACAACUGCUGGACAAACAGCAACAAGCACUCCAACAUCAUCAACAACUCCUAAACCAAUCACUAAUAGCCCCACAACAACGCUGAAACCAAUCACUACAACUUCUAAACCAACAACUGCCAGGCAAACGGCCACAAGCACUCCAGCAACUCCUAAGUCAACAACAGGUAGACCCCAAACGACUCCUAAGCCAAUAACUACAACUCCUAAACCAACAUCUGGCAACCCCACGACUCUGAAACCAAUCACUACAACUCCGAAACCAACAACUGCCAGGCAAACGGCCACAAGCACUCCAGCAACUCCUAAAUCAACAACAGGCAGUCCCAUAACGACGCCUAAGCCAAUAACUACAACUCCUAACCCAACUUCUGGCAACCCCACGACUCUAAAACCAAUCACUACAACUCCGAAACCAACAACUGCCAGGCAAACGGCCACAAGCACUCCAGCAACUCCUAAGUCAACAACAGGUAGACCCCAAACGACUCCUAAGCCAAUAACUACAACUCCUAAACCAACAUCUGGCAACCCCACGACUCUGAAACCAAUCACUACAACUCCGAAACCAACAACUGCCAGGCAAACGGCCACAAGCACUCCAGCAACUCCUAAAUCAACAACAGGCAGUCCCACAACGACGCCUAAGCCAAUAACUACAACUCCUAACCCAACUUCUGGCAACCCCACGACUCUAAAACCAAUCACUACAACUCCGAAACCAACAACUGCCAGGCAAACGGCCACAAGCACUCCAGCAACUCCUAAGUCAACAACAGGUAGACCCCAAACGACUCCUAAGCCAAUAACUACAACUCCUAAACCAACAUCUGGCAACCCCACGACUCUGAAACCAAUCACUACAACUCUUAAGCCAACAACUGCCACGCAAACGGCCACAAGCACUCCAGCAACUCCUAAAUCAACAACAGGCAGUCCCCAAACGACUCCUAAGCCAAUAACUACAACUCCUAAACCAACAUCUGGCAACCCCACGACUCUGAAACCAAUCACUACAACUCUUAAGCCAACAACUGCCAGGCAAACGGCCACAAGCACUCCAGCAACUCCUAAAUCAACAACAGGCACUCCCCAAACGACUCCUAAGCCAAUAACUACAACUCCUAAACCAACAUCUGGCAACCCCACGACUCUGAAACCAAUUACUACAACUGCUAAACCAACCUCUGGCACCGCUACGACUCCGAAACCAGCCACUUCAACUUCUAAGCCAACCACUGUGACAUCCACAACCACGCUGAAACCACGCACGACCCGUAAGCCGACAUCAGCAACCCCUAAGCCAACAACAACUGCUGGACAAACAGCCACAAGCCCUCCUACAACAUUAACAACUCCUAAUCCAAACUCUGGCACGCCCACGACUGCAAAACCAGCCACUGAAACUCCUAAACCAACUUCUGGCACCUCCACGACUCCGAAACCAGCCAGUACAACUCCUACACCAACCACUGUAACAUCCCCAACCACUCCGAAGCCAAACACAACCCCCAAGCUGACAACAACUAGCAAUCCGACAACAAUUAGCAAUCCGACAACAGCAACUGGUGGACAAACGGCAACAAGCACUCCAACAACAUCAACAACUCCUAAGCCAACUAAUAGCCCCACAACGACUGCGAAACCAGCCACUACAACUCAAAAGCCAUCCACUGGCACUGCCACGACUCCGAAACCAGUCAGUACAUCUUCUAAACCAUCUUCUGACACCCCCACAACUCAGAAACCAGCAACUUCAACUCCUAAACCCACCUCUUCCAACCCCACGACUGCGAGACCAACCACCACAACUCCUAAAUUAUCCUCUGACACCCCCACAACUACGAGACCAGUCACGACAACUCCUAAACCAACGUCUAGCACGGCCACGUCGCCGAAACCAGCCACUACAACUACCAAGUCAACAACAAUUAGCACUGCAAGUUCUACAACUCCGACACCAACCACCACAACUCCGAAACCAACAGCUUCGAUAGCGACAACAGCCAAACCUACCACCCAGCCGCCAACACCAAGCACAAGGACAACUUCCGGCCAGGACACCACCAAACUGCCACCUUGUGCGACUGAAGAUACAAACACAUGCACACCACAACAACAAAAACAACAACUAAACAACAUAAACAAAUCGAGCAGAAAUCUGUUGAUCGGAGAAAGUGAGCCACAAUCCUCGCAGCUGUCAAAAAAUUUAGUUUCUAGCGAGAUUAGCCUAGAUUAUAUGAACGAUGAGGCCGUGCCGGAAGUGGAAGGGCAUGUUGAGAGCACCACAGCCAAGUGGACAACGGAGCGACCACUAAAGAAACCGUCAACAAUGUCCAGCUUGGCCGCGGCACACAUACUCCAAAAGCUAUUCAAGGUGAUAUCCACAACAACCGCAGCGCCAAUAACCAGAGUCACGUUUGCACAGAUGGCCAGGCAUAAUCUGGCCACAUCCAAGCCAUUCAUAGCCGAGUCGCUGAGGCAGUCCAUCAAGCAACUGGCGGCGAACAAGAGCGAAUCAACAAAGCCAACAAAUUCCAGCAAAGAUCCCGCAGAUUCCGAGUACUACGAUAGCGAAUAUGAUACGGAUGAGCUGGAGAAUGUGCUCGAUAAAGAUAAUCUGAAGAAUGCCAAGCUAUCUGUUGCCAAGACGCCAACAAUCGCAACAACAACGACUACGAUAUCGACAAUUGGCACAAGCUCAGUUGAGAGCACAACCAGAGCCAUGCCCAUUCGCACAAAUGCUGUCAUGGAUCUGCUGGAAACCAGCUCCAGCGUGCCUGUGCCGGCCAUAGUCAAUGCCAGCAUCUCCAAGGCAAAUCUGACUGACAAUGCCGACUACUCCGACAAUUAUGUGGAUUCGGACUAUGCCAAUGAUGAGCCCCUCCCUGAGCUAGAUCUGAAUGCCCACAAGAACACGCUAAUUCAACUGCUCAAGCAAAAGCUAAUCUUGGGAAGCACUACCGCUGCGCCCAGCAGCAGCACGAUACCCAGCUCCAGAGUUCCCGACGUGGCUACCGAAAAGCUUUCUGCUAAUGAAAUUGCAGGUACGACCAGAGAGGUAAGUGCGCCUAAGAGCUUAUUAAUGAGUCUGCUGAGGCAGAAGCUAAGCCGCAUGGCACUGGUCAAAAAGGCCACAGAGCAAAUGGCAACAAGCAGCACCUCAGCACCAGCCACGAAGAGCACAGCGCGGAGCACAACGACCAGCAGCUCGAAUGCAAACGGUAGCAGCAACUCGGAAUACUAUGAUGAUGAGGAUUACGACUAUGUUAACGAUGCGGAGGGCACGGCGGCAGCAAUUAAUCAGGAUGCACUUAGACCAGCAACAGCCAAGCGGCACUCCAUACACCCAUCGCUUAGUUUGCACGCACAGAAGCCGGGCCAAGCGUCGCCCCAGGUAAGCGGCGACGGGUUAACGAGCGAGGCCAAGACGCCACAAGUAAAAAUAUUUGCAUCCAAGACACAAAGUGUCCCGCUGCCGAAAGCCGCAUUUCUUAGGCAAUCGGCCAAUGAGGUUAGCGAAAGGUCAAAGCAUAAAUCAAAGAGUGAGGCAGACGACACCAAGACACGCACUACAAACACACGCAGAGAAAUACAGCAGUCGCUACCAAACAACAGCACAAAUACAACAAUAAAACCAACUACAACAACAACAACAACAACAAGCACCACAACAAUAGCUCCAACCAGAAGCAGCACACACUCAACAGCAGCUGCAGCAGCCACUCGCCAAGAGAUCCUCACGGUGAACAAAAAGCCGUGGCUGCUGCAAGCCCAGAAUCAAAGUGUACACCUAGCGCCGCUACAAAUGGCCAGCCAUAACCCAGUGACUCAUACGAAUCGUUCAUUAUUAGAGUAUACGACGGACGACACAGACACGGAGAAGGUACCCGAACUCAUACUGAAGGUAUAUGAGCCCAUCGAUGUGAAGGUCGUCUUCUGUCCCCGAAAUUGCGAUGAACAACACGAUCAUAAAUAUGACCCAGCUGAUAAUUAUAAGUCGAAUUGUACGAGCGGUUGUGAUACGCCCAAUCCUAAAACCAAUCACAGCGUAGAUUUAUGGUGGAAGCCGCUUAAGCUCAGCGACACGGCUGGUUUCCAGACAAUAACAUAGAUAGUUGAAGUACUUAAUAUGGCUAUACAACAUUAACUAAAUACUAAACUAAACCUAUAUGCAGAUAUAGACAUAUUUACAUAUACGUAAUCGUGUACACUUUAAUAAACAUUAUGAAUAAAUUA